CACAGAUUCCAUGAUUAGAGUCCUCUCCAAUCACGCAAGAGUAAAAGGUAUACCUUACAUCAUGGCCUAAACCUCCACUAACACUCCUUGUAUUAGAAGAAACCAUUAACCCUCUGCUAAGAACUUUCUACAAUUUUACUCUACGUCUUAUAAAUUAUGGGUGACUCCUUCCUUGCAAAUCAAACUUCUCUGCCUGAAUUAGAAGAUGGGUAUAAUUGUUUAUCUGGAUACUGUAUUGAUCCCUUUCAGUCUCUUCCUUAUGGUGGGUUACCAUGCCUAUCUAUGGCAUAGCUUCAAGAACAAACCCUCUCAAACAACCAUUGGAAUCAACGCACUGAGGAGGAAAGGUUGGUUUCUUGACAUAAAGGAGGGUGAUGAUAAGAAGGGUAUGUUAGCAGUGCAAAGCUUGAGAAACGCCCAAAUGGCAACCAUUUUUACUGCUUCAGUAGCCAUUCUCAUAAACUUAUCCGUGGCAGCUUUGACCAACAACACCUACAUCUCAAGCCAUCUCCUGAGCAAUCCAUUUUUUGGGUUACAAGUUGGGAGGAUCUCUGUUUUAAAGUUCGGCUCAGCUUCAUUAUUUCUGCUGGUUAGCUUCCUGUGCAGCUCUAUGGCACUGGGAUUCUUGGUCGAAGCCAAUUUCUUGUUAAAUAUUUUUGAUGAUUUCUCAUCAUCACCUACAUAUGUGCAAACAGUAUUUGAACGAGGGUUCUUGCUGUCUCUCAUAGGUAACAGAGUCCUCUGCAUCACCUUUCCCUUGCUGAUAUGGCUUUUGGGUCCAGUGCCUGUAGCCUUGUCAUCUGUGGCACUUGUCUGGGGGUUGUAUGAGCUUGAUUUCUAUGGCAAGUGUGGGAGAGAAACUUGCAUUAAUUCCCUUACAUGAAUAUAUUGCAGGAAACACUGAAAAUGGCUGCUUUUUAGUUUAAUGGUCUCAUUAGGCGAACCUGAGAUUUAUUUUCAGGACUUCUUCCCA